UCCAACUUCAAACAAAAUCUACUCGUUCCCAACAACAUGGACAGACAAAUCACGUGGGCUGAGAUCUUGGAUGAAUAUGAGGCCCGGGAGUCGGCGUGCCAGUCGACCACGUGGGGGGACGUUAUGGAUAAGGUGGACCCUUUCCCAGGCCAAAGUUACAAGAAUCGCUCCCCAAAGAGGAUAAUUGGGGAGUUGAAGGACGUCAGCGGGAUGAAGCAUCUCCAGGAAAAGAACCUUAGCAAAGAAAGAUGCACCAUGGAAGAGGAGCGCCUCUUUGAGGUGCAGCGCAUUGCCAGGGCGAAGUGCCGCACAGAUGAGAAGUACUUCCGAGACUAUCUCCUCAAGAAGCGCCUCAUUCAAGUGAAGUACUUCAUUGAUGAGAAGCAUCAUCUCGAGAUGAUGUGUCCUGAGGAGAAGAAUCUGGAGGAGGAGGAGAAGUGUCUCGCCAACGUGAAACGCGUCGAGGAGGAGAAGCGCCUUGAGCAGGAGCAGCGCCUUGCCAGCAUUGCAACCAUCACCACCACCGGCCCGAUUGCUCCAAGCUUUGGAGAAGAGGGCUUCCAAGCAGAGAAGAUGGAUAAGAAGACAGAGGUGGAACAGGAAGAGGAGAAGGUGGAGGAAGAGGUUGAGGAGGAACAGGAGGAGGGAAUGGAGAAGACAGAGAAUGGAGAGAAGAUGGGUCAUUUCAUUGAAUAUGGAGAGGUUACCAGCGCCUCGCACCCGUCCAGAGACCUCGUGGGCCGCUGUGGUGGCUCCGCGCCUUCCCUCCAGGACAUUGCUCACAUCCACCGCAGCGUUACCGUCCGGCAGCGCCGAUGA